CAGGAUCUGCGUCCCGUGGCGAAGGGGGAUUGGGUGGGAGGGUUGGAAACUGCGCGUCAGGCGGGUGUUGCGGAGGGGCCAGGGAAAUGGGGCCCAGUGAGAGUUAGAAGAAAUGAGCGGAGCAGGGGUUAGGGAGGGAAGCGGGAGGGGAGGGAAGGAAAAGGGAUUGGUAGGAGAGAUUGGAAAGGUGGCCUUAGGGGGAGGUGGGAAGAACCGGAGAGAGGCAAGCCCAGGAAGCAGGGAGGAGAGUUGGGGCCACCGUAAAGGACAGGAAAGGUCGGGGCUGUGGGAAGGCAUCCCGAAGGGAGGUCCUGGGUGGAAAGUAUGAAGUGGAGGUUGGGAGUCUAAAUGAGAUGUUCACGGCGGAGGAGGAAAGAAGCCUAGUUGGGAGGUCAGGGGUCAUGAGGGUGAUGGGAGGGGCACCAGUCACUGGAGGUGAAGGAGCUGCAGUUGGCGGGAGCUGAGGAGAACUUCUUUCUCAGGGUGAGGACUGAGCUUGAUCUUCGGGCAGGAAGAAAGAUGUCAGAUGAAGAUGAUCUGGAUGACUUUGAGCCAGACCAGGAUGAUCUUGAAAAAGAAGAUGAUGAGAAGGAUACAGAGGAUUGGGAGGACUACAGAAAAGAGGGGGAAGAAUACUCUGAGGAAGGACCUGACAGACAUCUCCUUGCUGCGCUCCUACAUCCAUCUGCGCUAUGUGGAUGUUUCUGAGAACCACCUGACAGACCUGUCUCCACUCGAUCACCUCACCCACCUGCUCUGGCUCAAGGCCGAUGGCAAUCGGCUGCGGAGUGCCCGGUUGAAUGAACUGCCCUACCUGCAGAUUGCCAGUUUUGCCUAUAACCAGAUCACUGACACUGAGGGCAUCUCUCAUCCUCGUCUGGGAAGCCUGGAUCUCAAAGGGAACCGCAUCCACCUUGUGACAGGUCUCGACCCCCAAAAGCUGAUCAGCCUGCACACACUGGAGCUUCGGGGGAACCAGCUGGAAAGCACCCUGGGAAUCAACCUCCCUAAGCUGAAGAACCUCUACCUGGCCCAGAACUUGCUGAAGAAAGUGGAAGGCUUGGAGAACCUAAGCAAUCUCACCACUUUGCAUCUUCGAGACAACCAUAUUGAAACUCUGAGUGGCUUCUCUGGGGAAAUGAAAUCACUGCAGUACCUCAACCUGAGGGGCAACAUGGUGACCGACCUGGGGGAGCUGGCCAAGCUUCGGGACCUGCCCAAGCUUCGAGCCUUGGUGCUGUUGGACAACCCGUGCACGGAUGAGACCGACUACCGCCAGGAGGCCCUGGUGCAGAUGGCACACCUUGAACGCCUGGACAAGGACUUCUAUGAGGAGGAGGAGUGGGCUGAGGCCAGUGAGAUCCGUCAGAGGCUGAAGGAGGACCAGGAGCAGGAGGCUGAUCCUGAGCACGACGAGGAGUCAGACCAGCAAUCCAGCCACUGACAUAGCAGAAAUUCUUCUAGCCUCCAAAGAUAGAGAUCAAAGACGCUGGCUCCCGCGCCUGACCAGCUCCAGUGAGGGGCCCUGGCGCUCAGACCCCGCGGUGGAGACAGAGGAUGCCUCCUUCUGCCCCAGAUCUCGAAACUCAUCACAGCCUAUGACCCAGGCUCUGUGCCAGUCACCUGGCCAGUGUGGGAUGCAGGGUGGGGUGCGUGGGGCUGAGCUCUGCCUAGAGCCUAGGCAGGGGGCAGCCCUCAGCUAGGUGCGGUGGGAGCCAGGCCCUCGUGCCCCACAGGAGUGCAGGUAGGGCAGCCUGGGGUGUUAGGAACAGUUCAGUUUUCCAAUAAAGAGACAUUUUGAUA